AUGUCCAUCUCGAGUCAAGCAUCAGAGUCACCGCUAUCGCGGCCAUUGUCGUCAUCAGAGAUACCAUCAGAUACCUCAUUACUUCUAGACCUCCCUCCUGAGCUCAUCGAUAACAUUCUUUCUCAUCUCUCACCCUACGAUCUGUCUGCUAUAUCUGCUACCUGCCGAGAUCUGCGCAAGCAUGCCCUCUCUGACAUCCUCUGGCAGCCUCUUGUCCAAGAGAAUGUUCCCGGCAUGACUCUCACCAGUCCUCAUCCUUGCAGCAGCUAUCAUGACCUCUACGCCUCGCAUGAUCGACUCUGGUUUCUUCCCCGGCAGAAGAUCUGGUUUUGCGAUCGAGAUCUUACCGGCAGACUCAUGCUUGUCCGUUACGACCCACGUCGAGGCUGCAUAGAGGGCUACCAGCUUCUUGCAAGCAGAGGUCGACCGCUGCAUCAGAGCUGGCUUGGCCAAGGCGAUGUCUUGAUCCAAGAGUUUGAUCCAAAAGUGAAACUCCAUCUCGACAAGCCUAUUCUGCAGUUCCGGGUUGGAGAAGAAGCCCCCGUUGAUUUCACAACGCGACCUGGUGCUAAUCGAUUUGCCGACGAGAUGCCUGUCACGCUUGAUGACCGAAUCGAUGCUCUGUUCAGCAACUUUAUGCUUACAUGUGAGCUCGACCAAGAAGAGGCCCAAGACAACCUCAAAAGCUCAUUCCCGUACGGAAACAUAUGGCCACCACCUUCUGUACCUUCAGACCAUCAUGUCUCGGGCGGCAGCACGCAGAUCACAGAGGAGGGAAUCUUUGUCAACACGCCAGCGACUCGGCCCCGACGACGCAGGGAUGUUUCGGAGAGGUUCUUCCGAGUUCGUCAGUGGAUGGAAAUGGCGGGCGGUUUAGCUCGUAUUGGUAUGGCUGCCGGUAUGACUGGGAUAUUUAACAUGCUAAGAUUGUCUCGUCCCGCAGCGGCCGGUGGUCUUCCUGGCGUCCACGUCGGCGAGGAACUCAUCACCUACUCAACCCUCGAUCCAAAGUUAUACACGCCAACGCCGUUGAAGCCUUGGAGAGGCAUCUGGGUUGGUGAUUACAGUACCCACGGGUGCGAAUUCCUGCUUGUUCACCAGCCCGACGACGAGAUGCCGGCAACGGACGAGGAACUCGGGCUCAUACGCGGAGAGACGGAAACCGAAGGGGCUUGGGUAACGAGACGGGAUGAAGGGCGCACGUAUCAGGGACGGCUUGAGGCUAUUAAGCUAACGGGUGACCCCAAUGUUCCGCGAGGAGAGAUCACUUUUCUGGCCAAAGAUUUGAACGACCUUGUUACUGGGCCUCCGGCAGACCCUCGCUUCCAAGGCAUGAAGACGGUUCAUAGCCAAGGUCAUAUUGCAGAUACAGGAUUUAUAUCAGACAGGUUUGUUAAAAGCCACCUUAUCCUUGUUAGUCAUGAUCGCAUAGCUCAGCACUGGGUUGAAUUUGGCCAUGUGAGCUAUUUCCAGAGGGUUAAUAUCGAUGAGUUCCUUAAGGUGUGA